AUGCGCCGAACAGCGAUUGUCACCGGAUCUGUAAACGGGAUUGGAAGAGCUAUAGCAACUCGCCUAGUCCGAGACCGCUAUUCCGUCUGCAUCAACGACAUUCCCAACAAGGCAGCGGAAAUCGAAGCCCUUGUCACCGAACUCAACACCAUUCCGUCAUCCAAUGUUCGCCCCAAAGUAAUCGGCGUCCCAGCGGACGUGACCUCCGGCGCAUCCGUAGAAGCCAUGAUCCGCGAGACAGUCGGCAAACUCGGUCCUCUGACACUAAUGGUCGCCAACGCGGGCAUCGCCCAGACAAAACCGCUGUUCUCUGUCACCGAGGAGGAUGUUGAUGAUGUGUUUUCAGUCAAUGUCAAGGGCGUGUUUAAUUGCUACACCCGCGCCGUGCAACAGAUGAUUGCACAGGGUGACCCGGAGACCGUCGCUGGCGUCCGCGUGUACAAGAUCCUCGGGGCAGCGUCCAUAGCUGGACUCAGAGCUUCCGCUCCCCUAGGCGCCUAUAGCGCCAGUAAAUUCGCGGUCAGGGGGCUAACGCAGGCCUUUGCGCAGGAGUGCGCGCCGCAUAAGAUCACAGUUAAUGCGUAUGCGCCGGGAUUAAUCGAUACAUUGAUGCUUGACGGGAUCGAUGAGAGCCUAACCCGAAUGAGUGGGCAGAAGAAGGGGGAUAUGAAGCGAAACUAUACAGAACAGAUGGUUGCGCUGGGGCGCAGUGGGACGCCGGAGGACGUAGCUGGAGUGGUUGGUGGGUAUUUGGCCAGUCCGGAUUCGGAUUAUACGACGGGGCAGACCAGUGUGGUGGACGGGGAUAUCUCCGAUAUUUCCCCUUUAGGUAGAGACCCUCGAUGA